AUGACCACUAUUACAGGACAAAUAAAUCUUAUUAACAACCUUCUAGGGAUUGUUGAUAUAAAGCUUAAGUUUAUUCCCGUCAGUGUUGGUAAUGAGCUCCGUAUCGUUGACACUCCUCCAUCUGGUGAUAAAAUUCGCAAGAUUCCUUUUAAACAAGAUGCUAGUACGACUGCUAUUGUCAGCGAAAUUGAAAUACGUGUCCGUCCUGUUUUAAAUGACUGCAAUACAAAAGAUGACCAUACUCAUAAGUAUAAAGACAGCCAUACAAAUUCGUUAGAAUAUCGAACAUAUACAGCCAAGUUUGAUAAAGACAUUAGCUUUUAUAACGAUAUCACGCUCAACUUAACCAUUGGUGAUAAAGAUACACAUAGUGAUAAAGUUACUUUAGGAGUCGGGAAUACUACAUAUACAGCGGUAUUGGUCUCCAUUAAGAAAUAUAUAUUAGAUAUGAAUCAAAAUCAGACCAAAAAGAAUGUCGGAACUGAAAAGAAUGUUGGAUGUCCUAUGGCCAACAAUUUAACCUUUACUCAUAAGACAGAUAAUGACUCGACAAUACCACAAGAAGUUAGUAAUGACAGUGGCGAAAAUUGGCUCUUUCGGUUUAUCCAUGGCAAGGACAGCAAAAAAGUUCCUCUUACCUCGAAAGAUUCGGAAAAACUUUCUGACAUAUUUGGAGAAAAGUUAAAAAAGUCACACGAUGUUAUUCCUCUAACUUUACGUCAACUCCUUAAUUUUUUGGAUGAUAUUGCUCCGAAACAAAAGUCAUUUCUGGUUGCCGAUGGGGCACACAUAAAAUGGUCUGAUGACACUAGCCAAAUCAAUCGACAAGUUCGAUUUGUUGUCAUUCGUCAACCAGCUCGAAGCUGGAUUCAAAAACUGAAUUUUUGCAAGUGGCAUCUUGGAGUGAAAAAUCUCAUGCCUUCAACUUUUACCAAAGAAAUGGGAAUGAAUGGUGGUGGUUUGGAAGUUCUUGGGAUGCGCUCAAUUAUCCAACUCGCGGCCAGGCCCCUUCGAUGGCCACGUCAAUGGCUCAUUGAUAAUGAAGGAACUUAA